UUUUCCGAAUGUCACAGCGAUGAUCUUGAGCUCCCAUUGGCUCCUGUCUGCGAACACGUCACAAUCAUGAUUAGAAUUGAUGAUCGGACGUUCUGAUUUCAUUGUCUAGCAAAAAGGGGGGACUGGUGAAGAAAUCUGCUUGAAUUUUCACCGUCCGUCUGAUUUUGACAUCAAAAAUGCCCCAUUACCCAGCAGUGUGCCAGGUACACUGAGACACACGAUGAGUGCAAUCAAACUCGUGCUAAUCUAGAAACAUGGAGGUUUCGCUGUGAUCUGCAUGGCUGCCCCGUUCCCCUCCAGUAGCAGAAUGGAUGCGUGGUCACAGAGACGUGGCCUGCAGACUAUGAACCUGCGGUCAGUGUUUACGGUUGACCAGCAGAGGAUCCUGGAACGUUACUAUGAUAACGGGAUGACCAAUCAGAGCAAGGCCUGCUUCCAGCUAAUACUGCAGUGUGCUCAGGAGGCCAAACUGGACUUCAGCGUGGUCCGGACAUGGGUCGGCAACAAAAGACGCAAGAUCGCCUCCAGGAUAGAGAACGGAGGCAUGUCUCAUUCCUUAUCCGGUCACGGACUCGGUGGGGGAUUGCUCUCCAAUCACACAUUACCCGGGGGUUCACUGUCCAAUCACAGCAUGGCGACAGGGGCGCUGCUUCCUGCCGAACUGGCCGCAGCGCGGAACAUCCAGAACCGCGUGCACCUCCUCCCUCCAUCCUCGUCCUUCCCUUCUUUCUCGUCGACAUCUUCCUCCCCUUCCUCCUCCUCCCCCCACAGCAGCGGAAGCAACAACAACAACAACAACAAUGACGUCAUACUGACCGGGAUUUACUCUCUAAACUCCGUCCCUCGACCCUCCCGACCCAGACCCGACGCCCCCCCAUCCCAGUCGGACUCUGAGCUCUCCGCGCACACAUCCUCGUCUCUGAUCAACCGGGCCCUGCAGAGCAGGAACAGCUCCACCUCCUCGCCCCUCCACUCCAAGCUGGUCUCGCUCUCUCAGAACCUCCCACCCCUCACUUCCGCCUCAGGGCCUUUAGUCUACACUGCAGUCAGGAAGGGAGCUUUAUCCCUCGGGGUGUCGGGGAUAAGCGCAGGAGCAGGGGUGGUACCUCACAGCUGGACCAGGCAGUAUGGCACAGCGCAAACUCGCCCUUGGUCCUCGUCCUCGCAGUCCCAAAGUCAGCAGCCUCAGCACAGACCUCACUCCAACCCCCAACCUCAACCGCCCGCCCCUCAGAAGCCUCGGGUCUCCCUCGCAGUACAAAACUCCGGUCCCUCCUCUGAGCAGACACUUCGUAUCCAGCAGGUCUUCACCUUGUCAGAAAGAGGCGAGGGCGACAGGCUCGGGCCGAGUCACGCGUCUACCCGUAAAAGCCAGGAAAGUCAUAGGCCGUCGGACCACUCUCUGGACGCCAGUCAUAACUUCUCCAUCGCCAUGGAAACCGGAGACGAAGAAAAUGAGUGGCAAAGGGAAGAGGAGCUGGCAAACAUGGCCGCUCAGACACACAUCCACCGGGAGCGGACGUCAACCAGUCCAAUCGACGCUGAGGUGUGCGUGGUGCGAGGAGGCCACACGCCCCCCAUGACCAGCUCUAGACCCGCACCGCUCCACAGCAACACUACUCUUCAGGGCAGCUACUCCGUCACAGCACAGACCUCACUCUCAGCAGAAUCCGACUCACAGACUGCAGUCGGUGUGUCUGCUGCCCCCUGGGUUAUCAGCAACUCCAGAAAGAGAACACUGCAGGAUCGGACCCAGUUCAGUGAUGGGGAUCUCAUCCAACUGAAGCGCUACUGGGACCGAGGCAUGACCAGCCUGGGCUCAGUCUGCAGGGAAAAGAUCACUGCUGCAGCGAACCAACUCAAUGUAGACACUGAAAUAGUCAAGACAUGGAUUAGUAACAGGCGGAGGAAGUACCGUCUGAUGGGUAUUGAAAUCCCUCCGCCUACAGGUGGGCCUGCUGUAUUCUCGUCCCCAGGAAACGAAUCCCCGGUGGCCCUCAGUCCCGACGAUGAGCGGCUCAGAUCGCCCGAACUCAGAGAUGACAUGAAUGAUGAGGGAUCUCUCUGCCUGUCUGAAGAUGGCACCAUCGACUCACAACAUAGAGACGAAGAUGACGGAGUAGAUGUGCUCACUGCUGCUCCGCUGGCCAAUAAUGUGAAGAUCGAAGUAAUUGAUGAGGAUGAGGAAGACGAAUACGAUGACGAUGGUGAAUUAGUGGCUUCAGACCUAGAGCAAAUGCAGGGCCUCCUGGAAUUCAAGCACGAGGAAGUGCAGUUCUUAGAAAACGAGCUAGAGAACCAAAAACAAAAAUACGACGAGCUCGCAAGCUUCACGAAGAGCCUGCUCAGCGCCGUGAGGAACAAUGACCUGGAGAGACAGCAGGAACUUAUGGCCAGUCUACCUCAGCCUUCAGACCAGGACUGGGACAUGACUGUGGAGAGAGGAACGCAGCCAGACGCAUCCUCCAACCACAACGGCUCCCCGAUGGGCCCAGCGUGCAGCGCGGAGCCUCCAGCGAACGAAGAAGUCCCACUGGUCUCCCUAGACAAAGACGAUACAACGACUGAAGUUACUGAGCCCUCUGCAUCAGAGGAGCAGCUGCAGGAGGCGGUUGCAGAACAAAAUUGACUAUGUCAUGUACAUCAGCUCACGUAGACUCAUACGGAUGUUUCCACACUCCACAUAUAGAAGCUGGUUUCAGAUUAUAUGGCCUCACAUUUACACAAACACUCAACGCUCCACGCCCAGUGCCUGUGGAUUGACGCUUCACUACGACUGUUGGGCUGACAAAUGCCUUUUUUACUGCAUAUCAUCCGCCUUGCUCUGGACCUGUCCAGAGAGAACAAUAAACGACCUCUAACUUA